UGAGGCGAUGGACGAGAUGGAUGAUACACCACCAGGUCAACCGACGAUAUUGAUGAGAAUUACAAAAGUACUAGUUGACCAUGCAAAAAACAAGGCAUGGGAGAUGAGGGAUGAAUUAGAGUGGAUGGAGAACAAUUUGGAGCAGAAGUCGGAUAAAUUGAUCCUGAAGAAGAUUAAGAAGUUGAAGAUGGAGGUAACAAAGAAACUGGAGCAGAUAUGUUUGUGUUUCUUUUUAUGGAUAAGAAACAUGGGUUGGAAGAGGAUUGAUGAAUUGGAGAAGAAGAUGUUGGAUAACUUGGAUUUGGAGCAGUACUCAGAUAAACUGAUGAUGGAGGAGAUUAAGAUGUUGAAGAUGGAGGUGCUGAAGAAACUGGUGAAGAACCUGGAUUGUAAGCCUUUCUUUUCAUCGGUAUCGAUGCUGUUUAGCCGCGAUACAUUUUUGCAUUCGAAUCUGAGAAGAAACAAGGAAUUGGAUGUAAUGAAUGAAUUGGAGAAAUUCGAGAAUAUGUUGGAUUUGGAGCAGAAGUCGGAUAAACUGAUGAUGGAGGAGCUUAAGAACUUGAAGAUGGAGGUGAUGAAGAACCUGGUGAAGAACCUGCCAAGGGAGCUGGAUUGUAAGGCUUUCUUUUCAUCGUCAAAUAAGUGGAGGUUUGAUGCAAUGGAUAAAUUAAAAAAGAUGGAGAAGAUGUUGGAUUUGGAGCAGGAGUCGGAUAAACUGAUGAUGGAGGAGAUUAAGAUGUUGAAAAUAAAGGUGAUGAAGGAACUGGUGAAGAACAUGGAUUAUUUCUCAUUAUGGCCAACAGACGAGCCAUUCCACGCUAUGGAUGAAUUGAAGACGAUGGAGAAGAUGUUGGAUUUGGAGCAGACGUCUGAUAAACUGAUGAUGGAGGAGAUUAAGAUGUUAAAAAUGGAGGUGAUGAAGGAAAUGGUGAAGAACGUGGAUUGUUUCUCAUUAUGGGCUCAGCCAACAAACAAGGCAUCUCACGCAAUGGAUGAAUUGAAGACGAUGGAGAAGAUGUUGGAUUUGGAGCAGAAGUCUGAUAAACUGAUGAUGGAGGAGAUUAAGAUGUUGAAAAUGGAGGUGAUGAAGAAUCUGGUGAAUAACAUGGAUUGUCAUCGUUUCUCUUCAUCGUCAACAGACCGGGCAUUUCACGCAAUGGAUGAAUUGAAGACGAUAGAGAAGAUGUUGGAUUUGGAGCAGGGAUCGGAUAAACUGAUGAUGGAGAAGAUUAAGAACUGGAAGAUGGAGGUGAUGAAGAAACUGGUGAAGAAUCUUAAGAGGGAGCUGUAUGAAUGGCGUUUGUUUUGGCGUCCAAUCGGGGAAAUAAUGGAUGAAUUGGAAAAGUCGCAGAAGAUGUUGGAUUAUGUGCAGGAGUCGGAUAAACUGAAUAUGGAGGAGUUGAAGAUGGAGGUGGAGAGGAUGAAGAACGAGGAGGUGGAGAGGAUGGAGAACAUGGAGUUUUCGACGUCGUCUUAUUGGCGUGAGGUUUUGCGUGAAUUGAUCUUAAAAAUACAGCUUGAGGUGGUGGAGAACAUGAUCUUAACGGCAAAGCAAAAAUUGAGGUGUGAAAAAAGAAAGGCUUUUUUAACAAAGAACAGUGUGUAUUCCAAGAAAGGUUGUAGCUACUCGGAGACAUGUUUAUCCAAGAAGAAGACGUAUUCCAAAGUGAAUUGUGGCUAUUCUGACGUGUUUUUAUCAACAGAUGACAAUGCGUGCUCAGAGCGAGUUUGUAAUUUUUCGAUACAAAUUAGUAAAGGUAAACGACCACUCGCUCCCGCUUCUUAUUCAAGAAACGGGGUCGUUUACAAGGCAAAAAAGCGAAAUUCGUGCACGGAGCAAUUACAAGGAUGGACAGGAAUAACAGUGAUAUAUUUAAAGAUAUUUCUCAAGGUGAACUACCAAAUUUGGAUACUCUUUAUGGCUACCUAUUUAGUGAUACUGAAAAUCCUUCAGUUGAAGACAACAUUGCAGCCCAAGAGAAUCCACUUUUUGACGGAUUGUCAACUCUCAUUGAAAACGUCGGGGUUGAAACGGCAGAUUUUUCAGCUGAAAACAACGACGCUGAACAAAAAUUGCUAGAAGAAAUUCUACUCGAACUUUUUUGGCAAAUUUUUAAAGACUUGCUUGGUACAAUAGAAGAACCUGAUCAAGUCUUCCAUGAACAAUUUAUGAAUCUGACAACAAUGUCAGCAGAGUCAAAUAUGAACUCUUAUAACACUGAACCUAGAACUGACAAUAUAGCCUCAGAACCCAACAGAGGAACUCUGGAAUCCAUCGGUGAACUUGAUAAUACAACUACGGUACCUAAUGUUACCCCAGAUACCCCUUACAAUACUGAUUCAGGCGUAUUUGCGGGUAGUUUAACCCGCAGCAUCAUUCAUCCGAGUCUUAAAAGCAAUACAAUCUCUCUACACAGUGCAGGUAAAUCCCCUCCCCUCCUCGGAAACCAACUUAUCACCAUUGUGAAUCCUGGCAGCAGAAAGAGACCCUUUGAGGAAGACAUCGAACCUAUCGAAGCAGUUUUCCCUGUGUCGAAGAAGAGAAUGGAACAACCCUGUUGCUCUAGAGAUAUAGAAGAAAGAAUACAUCCUGUGUCUUCAUGUGCAAGUGGAGCUUCAAAUAUGGAAGUAAGAAUACUUCCUGUGUCUUCAAGUGGAGUUUCAUCUGUGGAAGAAAGAAUACUUCCUGUGUCUUCAAAUGGAGCUUCAUCAAAUAGAGCUUCAUCUGUGGGAGAAAGAACAUUUCCUGUGUCUUCAAGUGGAGCUUCAUCAGCGGAAGAAAGACUUUCUGUGUCCUCAAGUGGAGCUUCAUCUUUGGCACAACCCCAUGGCAGAACAAAUCGUGUUCGCGGUCCGUCGAGAGAAGCUCGAUUGAAUCAACAAGAAAAUCAGCUUGAAACGGAAAAUGAAGAUUUGAAAGCCCAGGUGCAGGAGUUGUCGAGAGAGAUCGAGUUCCUGAGGAACUAUAUAGGCAGUAAAUUAAAAGGUCAGUGUUAUUACUGUGAAAAAUGAUCAAAAUUAGAAAUUUCUCGAAGUUUCUGUGUAAAAUACCCAUUUGUUUCUUUCGCAUGAGAACGUAUAAAAUUAGCAUAAAAUAGAAAUAAAUAUCGUCAGCUUGAUUAUAGCAACACUAGCUAGUAUAUAUAAAGCUAGAAGCUGAUUUAAGCUGUUUUCAGAGUGAUUUCAGAGUGAUAUUUGGAUCUGGUCAUAAAG